CUUUUCUAGUUAACAACAUCAACAACAAUUAAAAGUUUAUCCGACCAGGUGAAGAAUCAUGGCGGCUAUUAACGCAAACCCAUCACAUUUACUGAAAGUAGUUGCUUCCUCUGUUGCGAUUGCAAGAAAAGCAGGAUCUGUAAUAAGAGGGAUUAUGAAAGGUGGAGACCUAGGGAUUGUUGAUAAGAAUGAACACAGUUCUGGAAACUUUGACCCACAAACUGAAGCUGAUCGUGCUACACAAAGAAUAAUUGUUGGAUCUCUAACCAAGCAGUUUCCAGGCUUAAAAGUAAUUGGUGAAGAGGAAGACUGUGAUACUGCAGAUGAUGCAUCCUUGGUGUUAUCUUUGGAUGAAGAAGUGUUGCAGCAAAAAUGCCCUGAUGAACUUGCAAGGCUAAAUAUAGAAGAUCUUGUGGUUUGGGUUGAUCCGUUGGAUGGUACAGCAGAGUUUACUGAAGGAAAUAUCGAUCACGUGACUGUACUGAUUGGAAUAUCCGCGCUUGGUAAGUCAGUGGCUGGGGUCAUUCACCAACCAUUCUUCCGAUACCAACAGGAACCAGAAGUCGCUGGACGUACAAUCUGGGCCAUUGUUGGCCUGGACGCAUUUGGCAUAGAAACCUCAGAAGUCGUACCGGGCAGACGAAUUGUAACCACAACAAAAUCCCAUAGUAACAAGGCUGUUCUUGAAGCAGUUCAGGCUGUACAACCUGAUAAAGUGAUCCGCACUGGAGGGGCAGGCUAUAAGGUGCUUCAAGUCAUUGAAGGUGUUGCUGACGCAUACGUGUUCGCAAGUCCCGGAUGUAAAAAGUGGGAUACAUGUGCACCCGAGUCUGUGUUGCGAGCCCUUGGCGGGAAGCUAACAGACAUAAAUGGUGUCGAUAUUGCAUAUGACUGCCUUAAUGAAUUCAAAAAUUUGACUGGGGUGCUGGCAACGAGGCUCGACCAUCAAUCAUAUGUAGAAAAAAUACCACCUUCUGUUAAAGAUGUGCUGGGCAAAAGUCGCUGAAACGAACUGACUUUUUAGGAUAUUUUAUGUAACAGGCGGAGAUAGGUAUAUUAGGAUUUAAAGUCAAAAGUAAAAAGCUUAAAAAAUCAUUUUAAUGAAUAAUUAAUAGCUAAUUAUUAUACUGAAAAUUGAAGAUAAACUAUUGUACCUAAGUUGAACUAUUUUUUGAAGUGUUGCCGAUUCCUAGGUAGCUAUCAAAAUACUUUGCCUACUGAAUGAUUUUUUAUUUUUGCCUAUUAAUUAGCAAACAGAAGAUGAAGUUUCCAGUCAGAAAAGGAUCACCUGAAUCCGAGCCAAUGAAUAUUUUUGGUUUUACGCAAGAUGCAGGCUGCUUAUCUUGCUAUGCAUGGCAAAAUUAGGACAUGUAAUAUCAAGUAUAUCCGUUGCUAGAUUCUUGUGGUAAUUUGUUCUUAUAUCCAGUAACCGAACUCUUUGAGCAUGGAUAUUUCUUCAUCAAAUUCACUAAGUUUCGAAUGACGGUACACCUACUCUAAUAAGAUGUUUCAGUGUAUAAGAACAUAGAAUAAUGUAAUUCUUAAACUCUAGUUUAUUGAAAUUUUUUUUGUUGAUAUGUAUUGUUUAUAACGUAUCUAGAAAUCAGUUCUAAGUCAUCACCUUCGCUGUGAAUAUAAUCAAAAUAAUUCAUCGCUUAAUUUUAUCUAUACUUUGUGUAAUGGAAAAUAAACAUUACGAUCAGAUAUAUCGGUGUAUAUUAAUCGUUUUAAUGGUUUU